UUCUUCAAACGGUAUGGAAGGUGGGUAAUGAUGGAAUUGAAGCUGGAGCCAAUAUGGUGCCUGAUUCUGUUCCAAGACCAAUAGCAAGGAUUUCUCUUACUGUAGUUGCUGUGGCCCUUGCACUUUUUGUUCUCAAAUCGGUUUUGUCUACAGCUUUCUUUGUGCUGGCGGUGAUGGGACUCAUAUAUUUCACAUUUAUAGCCUUGAACAAGGACGAUGGCCCAAAAGGGGGUGGAGGCACUACUACUACUACUACUGAGGAGGACAGUUUAGAAGAAGCGAGAAGAAUAAUGGAAAAGUACAAGUGAACAAGGCAGGAGUGACGGUUUGUUGAGAAUAUGAAAAACGUUAAUGUCAACGUGACGGUUAUGCUCUCCAUAGUUACCUCUCCCUCUCUCUUGUACUUAUAAUUUUCCUGUGGUGUAUAGGUUGUGGGUAUGCAUUGGUGGGACGAUGAUUUCUGUCAUUACUUCAAUUUCAUAUUAAAAUUCCAAGCAUAUUCAUUUUGACAACGUAA